CAUUCAAAAUGUGAGGGUUUCCAUUCUCCAGUGCAUUUAUCCCCACACCAUUCUGAGACCCAGCCUCAUUGCUCCCUUGCAUACCAGACUUCCUACAUUGGAAACUUCCUCAAUUUCCGUAUUCUUCUCUCUUUUCUCAAACCCACCAUCUUCACCCUUAGUGAAGGAGAUACCUCUUUUGCUGUCAAUAGGCCAGUCUCAACCUGGACGCUCUAAAGCUCAUUCUGUUCCGCUUUUAGUGAUCUCAUUCCCUCAGUUAUAUUCUUUACUGUUUUCCAGUCUCCAAAUUGAAUCAUUCAACUUCAGCCUCAGUGUCCUCUCAUCUAGAAAGGUUUCCUAAAAGAAAAAUGGAGGAAUCAGUAAACCAAAUGCAACCACUGAAUGAGAAACAAAUACCCAAUUCUGAAGAUGGAUAUGUAUGGCAAGUCACUGAUAUGAAUCGACUACACCGAUUCUUAUGUUUUGGUUCUGAAGGUGGGACUUAUUAUAUCAAAGAACAGAAGUUGGGCCUUGAAAAUGCUGAAGCUUUAAUUAGACUGAUUGAAGAUGGAAGAGGAUGUGAAGUGAUCCAGGAAAUAAAGUCAUUUAGUCAAGAAGGCAGAACCGCAAAGCAAGAGCCUAUGCUCUUUGCACUUGCCAUUUGUUCUCAGUGUUCCGACAUAAGCACAAAACAAGCAGCAUUUAAAGCUGUUUCUGAAGUUUGUCGCAUUCCUACACAUCUCUUUACUUUUAUCCAGUUUAAGAAAGAUCUGAAGGAAAGCAUGAAAUGUGGCAUGUGGGGUCGUGCUCUCCGGAAGGCUAUAGCAGACUGGUACAAUGAAAAGGGGGGCAUGGCCCUUGCUCUGGCAGUUACAAAGUAUAAACAAAGAAAUGGCUGGUCUCACAAAGAUCUGUUAAGAUUGUCACAUCUUAAACCUUCCAGUGAAGGACUUGCUAUUGUGACCAAAUAUAUUACAAAGGGCUGGAAAGAAGUCCAUGAAUUGUAUAAAGAAAAAGCACUUUCUGUGGAGACUGAAAAAUUAUUAAAGUAUCUGGAGGCUGUAGAGAAAGUGAAACGCACAAAAGAUGAACUGGAAGUCAUUCAUCUAAUAGAAGAGCAUAGAUUAGUUAGGGAACAUCUUCUAACAAAUCAUUUAAAGUCUAAAGAGGUAUGGAAGGCUUUGUUACAAGAAAUGCCUCUUACCACAUUACUAAGGAAUCUAGGAAAGAUGACGGCUAAUUCAGUGCUUGAACCAGGAAAUUCAGAAGUAUCUUUAGUAUGUGAAAAACUGUGUAAUGAAAAACUGUUAAAAAAGGCUCGUAUACAUCCAUUUCAUGUUUUAAUUGCAUCAGAAACUUAUAAGACAGGUCAUGGUCUCAGAGGAAAACUAAAGUGGCGCCCUGAUGAGGAAAUUUUGAAAGCUUUGGAUGCUGCUUUUUAUAAAACAUUUAAGACAGUGGAGCCAACUGGAAAGCGUUUCUUGCUGGCUAUUGAUGUCAGUGCUUCUAUGAACCAGAGAGUUUUGGGUAGUGUACUCAAUGCUAGCACAGUUGCUGCAGCAAUGUGCAUGGUUGUCACACGAACAGAAAAAGAUUCUUAUGUAGUUGCUUUUUCAGAUGAAAUGGUACCAUGUCCAGUGACUACAGAUAUGACAUUACAACAGGUUUUAAUGGCUAUGAAUCAGAUCCCAGCAGGUGGAACUGAUUGCUCUCUUCCAAUGAUCUGGGCUCAAAAGACAAACACAGCUGCUGAUGUCUUCAUUGUCUUCACUGAUAAUGAGACUUUUGCUGGAAGUGUCCAUCCUGCUGUUGCUCUCAGGGAGUAUCGAAAGAAAAUGGACAUUCCAGCUAAAUUGAUUGUUUGUGGAAUGACGUCAAAUGGUUUUACCAUUGCAGACCCAGAUGAUAGAGGCAUGUUGGAUAUGUGUGGCUUUGAUACUGGAGCUCUGGAUGUAAUUCGAAAUUUCACAUUAGAUGUGAUUUAACCAUAAGCACCAGCAUGAUCUAAGAGGUCGGUUGCCAUCAGUGAUCUCACUAAAAAUAUGUAGCUACUUCCCAGCUAAUCUUAAUCCAAUGAAAGAUGGUAAGAUGAUAGUAUAGUAUGUGCAUAAUGGAAAAUUUACCUUACCAAAAAAAAAAAAAGAUGAGCCCAAAGUUCUUUCUGUCUACUAAACUAGCUCUUGGGAAAUAGCUUCAAAAUACACUGUAGCUCCCUCUAUCUAACAGAGAACUUCUUGUUGAUAGACACUGUAAAAUAGUCAAACAGUUUUGCUGUGGUGAAUAAUCACAUUUGUACGUAAAAGAAGUAAGAGCCAAAAGUAAGUAGUUCCUUAUGUCACUUGUUUGAAAAGUGCUUAAAAGUUUUCUUAAAUGUUUGCAUUGGGAAAGGACAGCUAUGAUAAUGUCCAAAUACUCUGAAAUGCACUGGACCAUGUAACUGUGAUGGAAUAUGAAAUUCAUAUGUAAAUUUUUAUACCAAGCAGUUUUAAAAAAAAAAGACAUUUGAUUAAAUUAUGAACAAGUUUUACAAAUUCCUUGGAGUUUUCUAAGAUCACAUAACUAGCAGCUUUCUUACUGGGUGAAAAAGAUGCUUUGAUAUUUUAUUUACACUUGUAGGAUUGUUACAUUAACCAGAAAAAUAGUGGAAAAAACCCCUGAGAAGUUUGUGUCAGGUGAGGAAGUCUGUUUGGUUUGCUUUUCGUUUUUGUGCAUUUUAUUGCUGUGAGUGGGGGCAUGACUUGACAGUUUGUGCUGAAAUAUAACAUAGCCAGGUGUAGCCACACUUUCUCUUUUUUUCAUAGUCCUACCAAAUGAAAACAACAAACUUUUAAGCAUUUAACUCCCCCACUCAUAAAUCUAAAAGUAUGAUAAUUAAAAUCUCAACUGUAACCAGAUUAGCUUUUUCCUUACUUGAAAAUAAAUAUUCUAAUUAACUAUUUUUUUAGUCAGUUGUCAGUGGGUUUUAGUUAUUUCCUAAUUGUAAACAUGUCAGUGACAUAUUUCUCUGUCCAUUAUUCAUUUGUGGCAAGACAUUCUUUUUUGAUAGUGUAAAAAAAAUAAUAAUAAAGCAAGCUAGGUCUUUCACGUUUCAAAGGCAACUUUUGAGUAACAUUACUACUAACCAGUCUGUAAGAAAAUUUUUUCUUUUUUACUUGUGUAUAAUUAAACUUCCUUUUCAUUACACUAAAGUGCAUUAUUUUCUUGAGCAAAUGUCCCUUCUUUCUGGGGAGGCUUAACCUAUUGAAAUGCCAAUAUUUUUGCUCAUAAUUAUAUCAUGGUUGUUUAAGAUAACAUAAAAUUUCAAUUUUUAUGUGUUCUUUUCAUAAUAAUGAUUUACUGAGGAUUUAUAAAGCCCUUCUUGCUGUCAUGUGAAAAGUCAAACUAGUAAAUGUAAAUUAUAGCCUUCUGUGGUUAGGAAUUUGAGGUUUUGUUUUGAGGGCAAAGGGGACUUCAGUAGCGUCACGAUUUGUGAAGAUAUUUUGUUUCAUGAGAAAUUUGGGCUCUGGAAGUGACAAAAUGUCCCUUUCAACCUUAUUUGACAUUAAUGCUGGCUCUGCUAUGAGUCAUUCCUUCAAGGCAACUGGUAGCAAUUAGUAAACAUUGUGAUUUACCUGAGAUUUUUUUGUCAACAAAGUAGUAUGUGCAUACCACCAACCCCCAUACAUUGCUUCUGAUGUCAUUGUUUUUUGACCCUCUGUCAAACAUUGGAUGUAAGGUGUUAGCUCCUUUUGAUAACAUUAAAAUAUGUUCAGACUGAACUUAAAGUUUAAAGAGCCUAGUAAAAUUAUAUAAUAGUUUUUGAAGUUUCUAAGUAAACUCAAGAUCUUAAAUUAAAAAUAACAUGAUCUAACUUUUUAUUCCUAAUAGAAAUGUUAACUGGAAUAUAGCAUAAAAGUUUUAUUUCCUUCACUUACGUACUGUUCCUAUAGUGCUUUUAGAUGUUCACAAGCUAAUCAGUCUGUCAGAGAAGAUUAGAUGUGACCUUUUUAAGUAUUUAGGUACAUCUAAUUAAAUGGAUUAGGGUAAAAUUUAAAGAAGAAAAAAUCUGAAAUUUAAAAGAUUAUUUUUAAGUGUAGGUUAGGCAAGGUCUAAAAUAGUAUGGCUUUGGAGUACUAGAUCUAGCCAUCUUGGACUCUUCAUCCCCAUUCCAGAAUUCAUCUCCCCACAGAAUGGGAAGACAUGACUCACAAGAGUAGGAGGUAAAAUAAAAUUAUUCAAGACUUUUUAUCUUUUUAGGUAUUAGGAGAUAAUGUAUCUACAUGAUUGCUUUAGGAGUAGAAAAACAAAUUGUGAACAUGUAUACUUUUGUAGUUCAUAGUAAUCCUCAAUUACGAUUAAUGUCUUAACAACCUGUGUUGCUAUAUAUAACAUAACCCUAUAGAAAAAAUUUUAAAACUUUACCUCAUUAUGAAUAAAAUUUACUCAAGUGAUAAAGUUUUAUUUUCUGAUUUACUUUUAGGAUUAUUGCUACAUUAAUAUUUAGGGAAAUUUGCUUUAAAAACAAUUCUAAGAAAAACUUUAUUUCUUAGAAAAUAUGUAAAUAUUUUCAGGAUAUAGUUAUAAUUAGUCAAACAAAACUAAUCUUAUACUCAUACCCUUCCUUAUUAGUUGAAAUUUCUUGAAAAUGGCAUUUAUUAACACUGUUAUAUUACUUAGUUUAGUUCCUGUUUUAUGGGAACAUGAGUGAGGAAGAUGCUAGGGAAGGGAAUUUAGUGUCACCCUUCUGGAACCUCUUCCUUUAUCUUACUGUGACUGUAGACAACCAGUAUAACCUUCAGUUUUUGUUAUCUUUUGAAAUGUGACCUAUCUUGAUGCUGAGAUCUUAGAAGAAUCAAUGAUUUAAUAUCUGUAUAAAAGUUUAAAUUAGGAGGAGGGCUUGCAAUACAAAUUAGAACUUUUUUUAAUUAAAAACAUUCUUAAUAGGAGAUACAUGUUUCAAAUGAUAAAAUGUUUUCAAAAAACCGUUCAGUAGGCUCAGUAAUUCAUUAAAACAUUCCUGUUCUGAGUGGGAAAAUGUGGAAGAUACAUGUUCACAGUGAAGGUGAGUAUUACUGACUAAGAAGUCACUACUGUCUGAUCAAGAGAAAGUCACAUAUUCCAAGUCUUAAGAUCCACUUGGAUAGACCUAGAAAAACUUAUACUCUAAAUGAAGAAACACUAUUAAUAAGCAUUUGAUUAACCUUUUAAAAUAACAGAUAAAUCUACAAAUGAUAGUAUAACAUUUUAUCAGGAUUUACCCCUCAUUUUCAGAGAUUUUGCAAAAAUAAUAUAAAGUUUUGGAAAUUUAAAGCAAAAUUCCUGAAUAAAUUGGAGGAUCUGACAAUUAAGUGAAAAACAUUUUAAAAGCACAUCUAAACAAUAAGUGAAAGGAAAUCAUUGUGAUCACUUAUUGCACUUAGCCUAAUUUAACCGAAAGAUUACAUACCCACAAAUAAAACUUUCUUGAAAAAUUGUGCCCUUAGAGUAAAUUAUCAAAAAUGAAAAAUUCUAGUCUUAUAUGCCACAGGUUUGGGGUGAUCUGUUAAGGCAAUAUCCCCUCUAGAGAAAUGCUCUAUAGCCUCAAUAUAAACAUGCACAAGGAAGAAUUAGAAAAAAAGGUAUGAAUUCAGUUAUAUUUACUGUACAGAUUUUAUUUAGCAUUUCCCUAUUAUCCGCUUCCUAAUCUUAUUUGUUCGAAGAUUAUACCUUGUUUUUUUUUCCUUUUUCUUAAAAUUACUUUAUUCUGACAUUUUUGUCUUCUGUUUCUAGUCCUGCUCUUACCUCAAUAAUAAAAUGAAUGACAGGAAAAUCACCCAUAUUUAGGGUUGGGAUGAAUUUCUUCGCAGAUUUCCAUUUGUUCCAUACAGAUUUAAGAUCAUAUUUUUUCAAACUAAUAAUGGGCAGGUCUCUUGGAACAAUAAUUGGAUUAAUAUAUUUUCUCCCCAAAUCAAAUUACAUUGUAUACUUUUUACGUUAGAUGGUUGCAAAAAUUUUGUGGCCUUUAAGUAAGAUUAUUUAGCCUUUGUUUGCAAUUCUAGAUCUACUUUGCUCUUAGAAAAAGCACUCUUAGAAAAAUAAUUAACUGAAUACUCAGAAAAUAGCAUCAUGAGCAUCAUGCUCAUAUUUCCAUAUAAAAAUGACUUUCAAAUCUUUCAUCUACUAAGUACUUCACUGAGCUUAUAUAUACAUCGUUUGUGGUGUACAGGAUCUUGUAAAUAACUUGUAUUCACAUUUAACAUUUUUUUAAUUGGUAAGUUAUUUGCUUUUAAAAAAUUACAAAGUUAAUUUUAAAAUUCUAUGGCAAUAUUUUUUCAUGUAGUUAAGCAUACUGUUUGAAUAAAAUUAUAAUAAAUAACACAUUUUCCUAAACCAUGAAAGUAUCAAGUUCUAUAUUAGAAAUUGGUAGAGACAUAAACUAGAGGAGUUGCAUUGCAAAAUUCUUAUUACUGAAAUUAAGGUGAUUAUUUUCAAUGAUUAUGAAUUUUAUAAAUACAAUGAAAAUAUACAAAAGCUGUUUCUGAGCCUAAAGAGAUUUUUCCCUUUGCUUUUUUUUAAUUUAGCACCACCAUGUGUCAUAUUAAUUUUAUGAACAUAAGUCAUACUGAAUUUUAAAAUAUAUUUGGAUUUCUGUACUUUUAGAAGUUAUCAGAAAACUGAACAAAAGAAACAGUAAGUUAGCUACAUUUUUGCUGGUUUCACUUAAUGAACACUUGGAUUGUUGAGGGUAGUAAAUGAGGUAAAGCCUUGCUGUUUUAUAUAUCAUUACCACAUAUAAUCGAUAGAAUAUUGAAACUUUCGUUUAAAUACUUACUGGGCUUUAUUUGCAGUGUAAACUCUAGAAUUCAUAUACAGCCAAAUUAAGUUUAAAAUAUUAUACAGCUAAUGAAUAGUAAUCAAAUGUUUUUGUUGUACUAUUAUUUUAAAUAUGGACUAUAGAUAAUGUGGUUUGGUGUGAGUAGACAACAUUUCUGCAAUGCAUUUGAGUUAUAUUUUCUUCCUUUAUGUCAGCUUCUGAUAAGAAGUUCUCUAAAGGGAUGAGACACAUGAAAUCAUCUUUUUAAAAAAGUUGGUUAGGGGAGAGGUGUUAUAAUCUAGUUCUAAAAAACUGUCCAUUUGUUUUAUAUAAAGGCUUUGAUUUCCAUAAUUGACCACUUGCUGAAUAUUUAAAUUACACAGAAUAAUGCCUGCAUAGAAUAAAAUAUAAGUAUGCAAGAGCCUUAAAGUGAAAAAAAUGAAUCUUCUGACUGCCUUACAAUAUGACUAACUCUCCACCAGGCAUACUAGUUGCUUUCGACAGCGUCUGUUCAUUAAGUAAUGCCUUAAUAGUGCUAGUGUUUCUGAAGUACAGAGCUCAAAGGGUCUUUUAGAGCUUUCAUUUUUACAUAAUGGAAAUUUAACUGUUAAGUUUUAAAACCUGAUAGUACAUUAGUAGUUUAAGCACCCAUUUACAGGAUAAUCUGGGUACACUGAUACAUUCUACAUACAAGACUGUUAACAUCAGUAAUAUUUUGUGGUAGUUUAAGGUUUUUUUGUUUGGUAUAACAAGUUAUCCAAGAAGCUGGACUUUGUAUAACAUAAUCUCCAAGGACCAAGCUGCAUAUUUAAACACUAUGAAUGAAAAACACAGUUGUACAGUUUCAAAAAUGAUUACUUUUUUGAGGGACUUUUUCAAGACAAAAGGCAAAUACUUUGUUUCAAAUCUAUAAGCAAAUUCAUUCAAUGAAGUGAAUAUAGUUGUAAAACAUUGUGAUUGUUGCAAUAAAAACCAGGCCCGUCAUUUAAUUACAUUCACAUUUUUACAUUCACGUUGCCUUUCAAAGCAGGAAUAUUUUAUAAAACUGAAAGAAAACUUUAAAUUGUCAAGCUGGUGCUUAAGAAUACAAAGUUUUAUUUAUACAAGUUUCAUUUAAAAGGAAGGGACCCUGCAAAAGGGGGGGUUCUUAGGUCUGUUGAUAAAUUUACUGAUGCUUUGUUGAGUCUUCCAUGUUUUCACUGUAAUAUACUUAACAAUGUAAUUUUGAUGUUUUCUGGUAGAAAAUGGAUGAAAUACUAAUGAAUUAAAUUUAUUUCAUGAUAAAAGUUUUCACCGAUACUGUGAAAUCUUGACUUUCUCUCCUUUUCUAGCCUUGCAAAAUACCAUACUGAAUACAUCACUGUAGACAUGGGGUGCAGAUGCACAUUAUGGGAACUGCUUCUGAUCAAUUGUAUUGUAGAAAUUGAUAGAUACACCAAAUAAACUCUAUGCACAUCAAAUAA